AUGAGAAUUAUGAGAAGCGAGUCAACCUGUCUUCAUUUAUUCCGUUACCUUUUAUACUUAUUACUUAUUAUCGCAUAUCUUCUCUACUUAUGUUAUUUAAUAUAUAACAUCGUAAAUGAUAAGCCAAACUUAAAAAUUGACCAAAUCUUCUUAAAUGAAGUAGAAAUCCCUGAUAUAGCAAUAUGUGGAACCAAAGAAUUGAAAAUUUUACGCUGUGACCUUAAAGCAAAUCAUGUCGUUGCAGAAAAAAUUGAUGGCUGUAACAACUAUAUACUUCCUAAUGUAACCGAUUAUGGGGUCUUUAGAAAAAAUUGCCUCACCUUCAAAGUUAACAAAACCAUUAAAUUUACUAAACCAGACAGUGGUAUAGCUGGUUACGACCAGAUUGGCUUCUAUUACUAUGAUAAUGUGACGAUUGCGGAAGCAGAUUUUAAUCCAGUGACAAAUCCGAACAAGGCUAUUAGCCAAAUGGACAAGGCUACUUUGUCAGAGUUGAAGCUUCAAUUGAACUUUAUUGCCGGGAUGAUAAGAUUUGCUGCUGUGGUCAAGUUUAAAACGAGUACUUAUAGAUCUAUUCUUCCGGGGGAUAGUCGUGCUAUUUUUGGGUUUGAGCCCAAUUACCACGUGACAUCAAAAAUAGAAAAUUUUUACAACUAUUUUCCUUUUAAUAAUAAUUCGAAUGUUAUACCAGCAGGAACAACUGGUUAUUUUUCUGUAGCUGCUGGAAGCUUUACACAAGAACAGACAAGCGAAGAACGAUCGAAUACUGUUCUUAGUGCGAUUGCAGCAGCCGGGGGCGCAUCCGGAACUACGGCGGCUAUUUUAAUAUUUUUUUUUGGUGAUUUCCGAUUAAAACCACGAGGCUUUGCGCAUACUUUUCAUAAUUUCAUACAAAAUUCAUUAUCCUUCAUUAAACGUAGUAGAUUUUAUCCGGAACCUGAAUUAAAAUUUUCAGGCAAAGAUAAGAAAGUGCUUGAAGAUGAAUUUGAAAAAAUUAGACAUGCAAUUUAUCACCAUCUGUUAUAUCAAGGUAAUAUGGACAGCAAAAUGAAUAAAGAUCAAAAAUGGUCUAUAAAUAGACUUGGAAAUAAGAUUAAUAUCUUAUUUAAUCACUGGAUAUUGGAUGCAGAAAAUAUUAAGAAAGAGUUUGAAAAAUAUGAUAACGAUAGAAAUCGCUUGGAAUUUUCAAGUAUAAAUGAAGAAGAUAAGAGAUUGCUUAACGAUGAAAUUGACAAAAUCAGACAUGUUAUUGAUGUAUACACGUUAGGAAAAAAAGAAGAUCCGAAAAAAAUUGCUGCAUAUAAAUAUGAACGAGAAUUAAAAUUUUCAGACAAUACAAUAAGUGAUGAUGAUCAAAAAUUGCUUAAUGAUGAAUUUCGCAAAAUUAGAGAGUUGAUUGACAAUCAUUUGUUAAACCAACCAAAUAUUGAGAAAAUAUUCAAUGCAUACAAUUCUCUUCGAAAAAAUGUUUUUCCAAUAGAUAUAAGGGAUAUAGACGAAGGUAAUACUCUUCAAAAUAAUAAUUUGCCAGAAGAUAUGGACGUAGAUAAGAAAUUGCUUAACGAUGUAUUUCACCAAAUUAGUCACGUGAUUUUUCGUCACCUAUUAGAUAUACCAGAAGAUGAAAUAUUAUUCAAUAAAUAUAAGGAAACUGUUGAAACAUCAAGUUUUUCAACUGAGAUGAACGAUAAUGAUAAGAAGUUGAUUGUAAAUGAAUUUAAUAGGAUUAAACAUGUAAUUAAUAGCCACCUGUUUAAUGGACGAAAAAUUCUAAAAAUAUUUAAAGAAUAUAGAGAAAAACAAGAAUUAGGGUUUUCAAAUCAAAUGAGUGAAAACAAUAAGAAAUUACUUAACGAUAAGUUUCGCGAGAUUAGAGAUAUUAUUGAUGAAUUUUUGUUAAAUAAACCUCAUACAUAUAUAAGAUUUUCGGAUAGAAUGGACGAAGAGGAUAGGGAAUCGCUUAACAAUGUACUUUACAAUAUUAGAAAUGAUAUUGAUUAUAUUGAUAAAUACGUAUUAGAUAAGGUGUAG